AUGACUGUUGAUAGCCAGACGAAAAUCAUCGUCCUUCCAGAUCAGUAUUCCACUUUCAAGAUCAUAAACCUUCCAAACCCUGCAGAAUUGUCAACCAAAAAGUCAUAUUUGUUUACUGAAGAUGACAGUGCGUAUAAGAUCUUCGAGCUAAGAGAAGUGAAUGGGAUUAACCCUUACUCCAGCAACAAUAUUCUGCUACCAAAGAGCUCCGAUUCAGUGAAAUCGUGGAUAAUAGAGACUAGCGCUCAAAAGGAAACCAAGCUUUCGUCUACUGUGGUAUCUGGUGGGUACAUACUUCAAUCACCCAACCUCGUAGUGAGUUCUAUCUUCAAUCCUGCAUAUUUGCUCGCUUCGAUAUUUUGCACCCAUGCUGCAACCUUCAGCAAGAGGUUCAUCACAAUUGAAGACUUUAUCGAUACUUUAUCCGGGUUAUAUGACGAUCCGUGGGUUCAGGAAUUACCACAGUCUUUAUAUUUGGAUUGCCUUCCGCUAAUUUGUGAUACAAUCGUGGAAAAUGGCGAAACCUUCUAUAAAUUCUCGAUGCCAGUGACCAUGACAUUCUUAAAGAGUAAAGUUGCAAAAUUGGUAGAGCAUUUUCUCUCUUCCGAUCUCAAGCUGGCUCCAAGUAGUCAAACCCAGUUCCUUCAGCAUAUAAAAUCAAAACUUUAUGAAAGAAACCAGGACCAAACCUCUAUCCCUGAAGAAAUCUUGAGGCUAGCAGUGGAAAAGCAUGUAGUCGACUUGGUACUUGGCUCGUACUGCUUACCUUCCGUUUUAGAUGAGUACUUGAAGACGCAGUCUUCCGAUUUCUCCAAGUACGACUUACAUUUGAAGGAAUUAGAACAGAAGAAGAAGGACUUGGCCAUGGUUGAACAGAACAUGAACGACAUUGCAGAAUCAUCAGCAAAGGCAUCUGCUAAUAGCAAGGGCAAGAAGAAGCCAGAUCCGAAGAAGAAACCGGUCAAGAAAGUUGCAGUGGGUAAGGGUGCAUUGGAUGGAUUUUUCAAAAAGGCAACAUAA